ACAAGCGUCGCAAGUCAAGCAGCUAGCAGGCUAGCAAGUUGCGUUGUUUACUAAAAAUGGCAACCGCCAAGAAGGGGAAGAAAGUUGUGAAUCAAGAAGAACUCCGACGGUUGAUGAGAGAAAAGCAAAGACAAACGACAGACAAGAAGCGCGUCGAGUCUCCUUUCGCUAAAUACAACAGUCUCGGGCACCUCAGCUGCGUCCUGUGCAAUGUGCAGGUGAAGUCCGAGCUGCUGUGGCCGGCUCAUGUUCUUGGAAAACAGCACAAAGAAAAAGUUGCUGAGCUGAAGGGAGGAAAGAGUCAAGCAGUUGUACAACAGAGUCAACCGGUGAAGAGGAAGGCACCGGACAACGACGACGUUCAGGGAAAAAAGGCGAAACCAGCGUCGGUUGCGGGCCAGUCGGGGUCGGGGCUGCCAGGAGAUUUCUUCGAGAAACCCAGCGAAAAGGCGCCUGUUUCUACCCAAAAGUCUGCAGGGCUGAGUCUGUUGGCUGGAAUUUAUGACGACGACGAUGAUGGUGAAGAUACCGAACAGGCAGGUGAGGCAGGAACCACGAACCCUCCUCCUCAGAAGGCUGAAGCAGCAGGACUACCAGCGGACUUCUUUGACAGCUCCAUCCCUUCCACGCCUGCCAUCUCCCAUUCGGGAUCCAUCCUCAAAGCGGACGUGCAGCCGGAGAAGACCACCGACAAGAAAGACAACACAGCCGAGGCGUUACCUGAGGGUUUCUUCGACGAUCCGGUUCGAGAUGCCAAAGUGCGCAACGUUGACGCGCCCAAGGAUCAAAUGGACAAGGAGUGGGAAGAGUUUCAGAAGGAGAUACGACAGGUGAACACCAAAUCAGAGGCCAUCGUGGCGGAGGAGGACGAGGAGGGGCGCCUUGAGCGUCAGAUAGACGAAAUCGAUGAACAAAUUGAGUGUUACAAGAGAGUGGAACUCCUGAGAGACAAGCGGGAUGUGGUGAAAAGCAAGCCUCUGUCCAGGAAGGAGGAACAGAUGGAGAUUGACGGCGGCAUUGACGAGGAAGAGGAUGAAGAGGAGCUGCUUGGGCUGCUGUCCCGGGACUGGAGGGCUAAAGGGGCUUUAGCCUAAGUUUCUCUACUAAGAUGCCAUAUGUAACUGACCUCAGUUUGUUCCUGAAUACUGAUAAAGACAUUCUAAAGGAGGGAUUCUUUUGUGCAGCUCUGUCAGCAGUCCAUGAUUUGUUGAUGUUUGUUAAACUUUUUGUACACUUCAGACCUGAGUGCAACAUUCUACAAUAAUAAAACAUAGUUGGGUGCCACUGGAGGACA